UCGAGCCGCGCGCCGCGUUCACACGUAGACGAAUAGGUGUAUUCCAACUACGUUAUAACGUGUCAACAACCUACAAACAUCUCGAAGAAACUCCGCCGAGAUUAACACUGUGUUCCGCUGUGCUGUGUGGUGUAAAACUUUUUUUUUGAUUAGAAAGUGCGUGUGUUGUGUGUAUUACUUCGGAACACCGAUGGAGCGGGAGCGGUGAUGUCGCGGGCCGCAUGCGCAGCGGCGCUGGUGUGCGCGCUGGCCGUCGCCGCAGCCGCCUACACCGUCGACUGCAACCACGAAUACACCGACUGCGAUACGGAACUGAGUAAACUAACUGAAGAUGAAGAGUCUGCAUCAACUUUAACACAUAGUAUACCUGCACCGAUAGAAGUGGAAUCACCUGAAACAACAACUUCUACAACCACAACUGCACCAACAAGAUCAACAACUGUCGAACAAUUUGCAAUAGAAAAUAAAACAGAAGCACAUAAUACACUUUCUGAAACUAACGAAGCCACAGAAUCUAUAGCAAAACCGAAGCCUAGGCUAUUAAAUUUAAAUGUAGAUGAAUUACACAAUUUCGCUACUGCGUUACAUAAUCAAACCAAAGGACCAAAAAAAGCUUUAGAGGAUCUUAGCGAUGUUAACUUGGAUAACGAAGAUGAGGAUGAGCCUCCAAGAUUAACAGGAAACGACUCAAAAAAUAAACAGAUACCUGAUAAAUUCUAUACUAAUCUCCAAGCGCCUUUCAAUUCCAUGUUAACUUUUGAUAAAUCUGAAGAAAUGGAAGAAGUAUGUAAAGAAAACGGAGUAACAUAUAAGACAGGCGAACGAAUAGAUAGAGGCUGUGAAGAAACUUGUGAGUGUUCGUCAGGUGGGCAUUUUGAUUGCUCGUUGCGAUGCAAACAUCCAUUCAUACGUCGUGGCAGGCGGCUCAGCGAUCCCCUGUGUUUUGAAUCCCCAGUCGACGAAUGCUGUUCCAUUAUUGCUUGCGCUACAGGGACUGGAGACUCAAAAACAAUGACCCUGGAGGUGUGUCGUUACGGCAAUGAAACUUACCCAGUGGGUGGAAAGUGGAAUAUCAAAUGCGAACAAACUUGCACUUGCGAGGAGCAUUCCGUCAUCACUUGUAAACCGAGGUGUAAGCCUCUACCGCAAUCAGACAAAUGUAUCAACGUGCAGGAUCCACAUGAUGAAUGCUGUGAAGUACAAAUUUGUGACGUUUCUCAGGAUGUCCACGAAGAACCUAUUGAUAAUAGUACAAGUACCACAACAACUACAACAGAGAUACCGAAAGGAUUGCACGAUGUAAUCACUCCACAGACCACAUACCGCCCUUUAGUUUUAACUGAACCUAUUGGCUCAAUAAAAGUCUUACAAAACAAUAGUGUCCAAGUUAAUCUUAUGCACCCGAAUAAAAGCGACGAUCCCAUUCACUUAUUAUUGAGUAGCGAUGGAGGGAAAACCUAUAGUAACAUAGAAUUGAAAUAUUCCAAUUUAAUUCUAAAUCUUGAAGGAGGCAAAGAUUAUAUAGUCAAAACUAAAGAAACUGGGACCAAAUUUAAUUUUACAAUAACAGCAUCCGAUGUCGGUAAUGAAGUCCCCGAAAAGACAUUUAAUACAACGAAAGUUGGUUGUUAUCAUGACGGAGAGUUCUAUGGAAUUGGUGAUGAAUUUCAAAUUGGUUGCACUGAACUGUGCGAGUGCACUGGACAAGACAGCAGAGAAUGUGCUCCUCUGAUUUGUCCUUCACAUGUUGGUCUGGAACUUGUAUCUAAAGGUUGUGUGCGAUGGGCUCCCAAUCCACCACCUCAACCCCCAAAUUGUUGUCCAAGGACUGCGCGGUGUUUGAGUGAUGGAACUUGUCAUUUCAACGGUGUGGCAAUUCCAAAUUGGAGCGAAGUACCUUUAGAAUUAACGGGUUGUGAGCAGCAUUGUUAUUGUGAAAAUGGUGAACUAGACUGCCAGGAGGCGUGCAAUCCGCUGCCACAACUACCUCCUCAGACACUAAGAUGCCCACCACAGCAUCAUCCGGCACCUGUAAAUAUAUCCGACGACGACUGUUGCAAGCAAUGGGGUUGCGUGCCUCGUGGUCAAAUUCCAUCAGGGUUCCCUGCAAAGCCCCCAUUACAUGGACAGCCUCCUCCAUUCCUACCUACAGUGCCUCCUGAAAACCGAUACCCACCAGAUGAGAUUCCCGAUUAUGAACAGAAUAACAUACAUCGUCCUGUUAAUCCUCUAGAACCGGCAUUAUCUGGUCUCCCUCCAGGAUUUCCCAUACCAAGCUAUGGCGAUGAGAAUAAGAAGCUUGCGGUUUUAUCGUUGCAAGGAGAUUCACCCACGAGCAUAAAGAUGUUGUUUGGUCUUCCACCAGUUUACGUUGGACUUCGUGGCAGUGUUGAUUUGAGAUAUACUGAUUCGGCAGAAGAAGAUAUAUCCCAAUGGUAUUCGCAAGUGUUUGCACCAGCAGACGAAGUUCUGACCACACCACGAUUGGAGUUCCGUUUGACUGGAUUGAAACCCUCGACGACCUAUAAGAUCAGAGGAAAGCUCUUCCUGCACAACCUCCCUAUUGAACCUGAAAGUGAAAUUUAUACCAUGCGCACGCAAGAUUUACCUACAGUUCUCCCUCCAGAAGAAAAGCGAAGAAAAAUCGAUUGCAAAUUGACGGUGGUAGAUGUAAAUGACACAACAGCUCAUGUAACGUGGAGGCAUUUCACUGAAGAGGAAUUACAAUUUAUUGACGGCAUACAAGUCAGAUAUCGUCCAACCGGCACCCCAAUAUUCAGCAUGACAGAGCUGCUCCACCACAGCCGUUCAGCUGCUGAGCUACAUGAUCUCCGCCCAGGGAGCAGAUACGAGGCCUCUCUCGUCUUGAUACCACCGCCACGUGCCACCACAGAACUAUAUGACCCUGAAAACGUCGAAUUUACAACCACACCAUAUAUUGAUCCAUACAAUUGGUCGGUAAUAGUGGAAGUUCGAAAAGUGGGUGCCGAAGCAGUGGAAAUGACAUGGCGAGGUAUUCCUGUGCCCGCCGAACGUUGGGUUCGAGUGUACCGGGCAGCGCACGCUUGUGGGGAGAGCAGAAAGGAGCAUGACGCCUUCCGUCUCGCUGCCAGAGAUUCACCUCCUACAAUCACGCUUACUGGACUGGAACCUGAUGCAAAAUGCCGUGUGUGGUUAGAACUCUUCCUGACUAAUGGCAAAGUGAAGACCAGUAAUGUGUUGGAUGUUCAUACGAAAUCUUUGGACUCACCCGAACCUAUUGACAAUGUAAUAGAAGCCUCCUCAGUGGCCGACAGCCGCGGCGCGCCUAGAGGGGACUACUACGGAGCACUGGUGGUAGUGGGGGUGGUUGCUGCGUUGGCGGCUCUCACGUCUGUCCUACUGCUGCUGGUGGUGGUGCGGCGACAUCGGCCGCGGUCUGUGCCAAUCACGUCUGUGCCAUCAGCACCCCGAGAGUCGUCUCUGCCGCCAUACGAUAACCCCGCGUACAAACUAGAGUUACAACAGGAAACUAUGGAUCUCUGACAAUUAAGUUCCCGUGGGCACGCGAACGGGCUCAACGGGACCACUGAACGUGUAGAAACACAAAAUGGCCGGCCAUACAAUGAAAUGGGUGUCUAACCCAAAUGAUUACAAUAGCAAGAAAACCUACCUACUGUACUCAUACUUACAUUGGUUUGAAGAUUGCUAUGAAACGUCAACCGACAAAGAUAAAUAGUUUUAUAGCUACAAAUCUCGUUCUUUAUAUGAAAAUAAUAUUAGCUACUUUAAUACUUUUAGUAGGAUUUGACCCGGGUCUUUUUUUGGUCAGUCUGGAGCAAAGUUUAUACAGAAGCAGCGAAAGGUGGCACGGAUAAUCUUCAUACCUAUCUUGAAUGUAGGUAAACGUCUAUUAACGCUACAAAAGUACCUAAUUAAAGAAGAUAACAGUGUCCGCGCCACGUCUCGCCACUCGCCACGUCUUUGAGCUCAGCGCAAACGAGCCACUCACCAUAGCCACAUGUGGCGCGAAAGUGACACUAGUGCGUGGGUGCUCCCGUUCGCACCUAUCUAGAUGCGCUCACUGUUCAUUGGCUCCAUACAUGAACAGGUUGAGGACCGGGUGUGGUGGUGCUCUAUAGGGACGGCCUAUGUCCAACAGUGGACGUCCACAGGCUGAUGAUGAUGAUGAACAGUGUAUUUCGCAGCUUGUUACUAGCCACGUUUGGCUGUACCAAGGCUCGUUCGCGCAGAUCCUAACUAGGAUACGGUCUUCUGUUUCUUAAUACAAUUGUAUUAAUUUACAAUUAGUAUAAGUAUAAACAGCUGAAGUAAAACUUGUUAAUCGGUUUUUAAUAUUUCAUUAAAAUGUGAAGAUAAAGUGGUAAAACGUGUGCCUUAUUGCAUAAUAUUUUUUGUAUAUAAUGUUGAUAUUAAAGUUAAGGAUAGUGUAGUAUACUUAAUGUAUAAGACUGGUGUCCACUUUUGUGGUCACAAGGAAGUUUUUUACUUGUAAAAUGAUGAUCUAGAUUCUAAGCUCGUUUUUCAUCAUACUUUCGAACCCGAGCAGCUUUUUUAGAUUCUGUUUUUAACUUCAACUCUAACAAAAAGUCUUUGACAUGUUAAACGCUUGGUCAUAAAAGCAGUUUAUUCAACCUCGCGUGUAAUAUCAUCCAUAGAUAUAGGCCUCGGCACGGAUUUAAAGGCGUGAAUACCGAUACUGAGUCUCAAUGGCGGAUCGCUUGAUAUAGUGUUCUUGAUUGAUUAUAUUACUAACUAUCAUAUUAUCACGUCUACCUUCCGCAUUGGUAAUUGCGCUCAUGCCUCUAGAUUCCUGCCGAUACUUAUACAACGUAAAAUUUUAAUGGUUGCACAAUCAUCCAAUAGGGAACCUAAUAUACUCAUCUUAUAAGGAGUAGUGUAGAUUAGGUAUGGUGAUAAAAUACAAAAAUGCUACUAGAUUAACGAGUCUAAUAUUUAAUUAUAACUGAUAAGUUACCUAGCUGGGAUACGUAAAAUAAAUGUAAAUGAUGUCAUCGGAUUACGCAGUUUAAUUUGUUAAUAAUAGAAAUAUCAAAUAGAAUUGUUACAAUAAUUUUUAAUGAAAUAAAGUUUUAUUUAUA